AUGCAACCUCUCACUGUAUCAUAUCUCAAUGGCAUUGACAGCCAUAAUCACGCAACCACCAACCCGGUCUCGGUCGACAGUCCAAAACCAGUCAUCAUUGGCGUCUAUGGCCUCCCUGGAUCUGGCAAAUCAUUCUUGCUGGAUAUUCUCAAGUGUGGCCUGAGCCAUGCCGAGUUUUCCUUCUAUGAUGGCAGUCAGGCAAUUGCGGCGGCUACGCCUGGGGGGCUCCAAGCAUUUCAGAACUUGAACGAAGAUAGCAAAGAAAGGGUUCGUGAUCUUGCGAUUCGAAGGAUCAAACAGGACAGCUCCCACAGUGGGAGGAGUGCCAUAGUCACUGGACAUGCCAUGUUUUGGGCCGAAGAAGCUGCCGGUCAACUGGUGUGCACACCAGCUGAUUUACACACAUACACUCACAUAUUGUAUUUGGAUGUGCCAGCCGAGAACAUCGCGGAGUAUCGUUCUGGCGAUCAGAAACGAAGUCGUCCAGCGACGUCAAUUGCUCAUUUGGACAAAUGGCAGCAAGAAGAGAAAAAGCGAUUGCGUCACAUUUGCAGGUCGCACGACAUCAUUUUCACGACCAUUACUCAACGCCAGGUAUCAAUGGGGAAGAUUGUUCCUUUCAUUCAGGAUCUUAAGAUCCAUACAGAAGGCUUGAACUCCAGACUGGCCCAGCAACGCAUGGACGACUGCAUAACGAACGGAUCUGAACGGUCGGAGACCGUGCUAGUCUUUGAUGCCGACAAAACACUCGCACCGCAGGACAGCGGUGAACUAUUUUGGGAGCUCGCUUCCACACCUUCGGCUGAGGCGGAGGAGAGAUACACCUUGAAAAGUUUGUUCAGCAGCCCUUUGCACUACUCAUAUACUGCCUUCCGCCAAGCGACCUUCCUCUGCGAAGAAGUCAUUGUCGACAACAAAGAAUAUGAUGAUUGCUGCGACAAAGUGGCUCUCAUGAUCAAGGUCCAUUCUGAGAUUUUAGAUCUUCUGCACUUAGUGUCAGGUCAGACCCACGUCCGCGCGCUGGUGUUGACCUGUGGGCUUCGCAGAGUCUGGGAGAAAGUUCUGAAGAGGGAGGGUCUGGCGAAAACAGUCACAGUUUGGGCCUUUGGCGAUAGCCCAUUGGAUGUGGAAAUGCUCCAAGCGGCGAACCAGGCGAUUGUUGUGACAGGUGACAAAGCAUUGAGAAGUACUAGCAUGGACGAGGCUUUGACAAGAUAUAUCGGGAAGGACGGAUUUCGGCCGCGCCAGGCUGUGCUCCCUCCAAAUGCAACCGCCCGCCUUGAUGCGUCCCGGUUGCCUUUAGUACAAUUGACGGAUCAAUUUUUUGUUGAGUCAUUAUUUGUCCGACGCCAAAACCUUCAUGUUCUUCAUGCUACUGAUCGUUUUGCGGCCCAGUUGCUCAUGACACCGAUGCGCGAUGCAGCGAUAUCGGGGCCAGCACUGCGGGAUGCACAUUCUAAAGUCGGAUGGUAUCUUGCCACUGAAUUCUGUACCCAGAUUCUUGGCGUUGAGACGUUCCACAUAACCCAUGUUCAAGGUCAUCAAACAGAUGGUUUUCGAAUUCUUCAUGAGAAAGAAACCUUGAUUGUGCCUUUGAUGCGAGGUGGCGAACCGAUGGCACUGGGUGUGAAUAGGGCUUUCCCACUCGCCAUGUUCCUCCAUGCAAAAUUCCCAGGCGACAUUCAGCACAAGCAUGUUGAAGGUCGCAAGACGAUCGUUCUCGUUGACUCGGUAGUCAACACCGGCCUAUCAAUCUUGGAAUUUGUGCAGCACAUUCGAGCCCUUCAUGUCUCUAUCCGCAUCGUCGUCGUUGCUGGUGUCAUUCAGACAAAAUCGGUUUCCACGAGUAGAAUUGCGCAAGAGCUCUCGCGAUUCCGGCGUUUGUCUUUCGUUGCUCUUCGCCUGUCAAACAAUCAAUUCACCGGCAAAGGGCCCACCGAUACGGGACACAGACUCUUCAACUCCGCGCUUCUUGAUUAG